GCGCCAGAAGAGACAGUAGUACGCAGAAACGCGGUGGCUGUUAAAGGAUCUGCGCGUAAAUUUCCCCUUGUCUUGUGUUGGUUUUAAUUGUACUGUCGUUUUCAAAAUAUAUAAAAAACCACGAUGAAGGAGAGGAGAAACACGCAACCUCUGGUGGUUAGAUGCAAAUUGGUGCUAGUUGGGGAUGUUCAAUGCGGAAAAACGGCAAUGUUGCAAGUAUUAGCCAAAGACUGCUACCCAGAGACAUACGUGCCAACAGUGUUUGAAAACUACACAGCCAGUCUGGAGCUGGAAGAGCAGCGCGUGGAACUGAGUCUAUGGGACACAUCAGGUUCCCCGUACUACGACAACGUGAGGCCGCUCUGCUACAGCGACUCGGACGCCGUGCUGCUCUGCUUCGACGUGAGCCGGCCCGACGCUGCGGACAGCGCGCUGAAGAAGUGGAAGACAGAAAUCCUGGACUUCUGCCCAAACACACGUGUUCUUCUUGUCGGCUGCAAGAUAGACCUGCGCACAGAUGUCUGCACACUGCUGGAACUGUCCAAUCAGAAGCUGACACCCGUAUCUCAAGAGCAGGGUGUCGCCAUGGCGAAGCAGCUGGGGGCGGAGCCGUACCUGGAGUGCUCAGCCUUCACCUCGGAGAAGAGCGUCCACAGCAUCUUCCGCACGGCCGCCCUGGCCUGCGUCAACAAGCUGCAGGCCCCGCCCAAACCCAGUCCCGCCCGCCGCCUCUCCAAGAGACUGCUGCACCUGCCCAGCACCACCGAGCUGCUCACCUCCACCUUCCGCAAGGAGAAGGCCAAGAGCUGCUCCGUCAUGUGAGCUGGACCAGCAGCGACCCCCCCUGUCUGCCUGCACCUCUCGCCUCUCCUG